UCCAACUUCAGACCGCUGUGAGUUAUGGCACAUAUCUACAGCUGUAGGAAAUGGAUGUGUAGUUCAGUAUUCAAAUAACAGAACCGUUCCAUUCUUGUGCUUUCUCCUUAUUUAUUUCCGAGACUGACGCUGAGGUGAUCGCCUUGGGCUUGACGUCACUGCUGGAUUACUCUUUGAUUAUUCCUUCCGCCUGCGGCUCUAUUUGCCUCUGACGCUGUUCGUUAGAACUGGGUCAGCUCAGCAUUAGGUGGUGGUGACGGCUGCACUCUAGAUGCUGGCUCAGUAAUUAGGUUGUCAGUGUAGUGUAGAGUCGGAGCGUCUCAUUCAAUCCACGGACCCUAAGGUUACCUUUUUUGAUUUUUGUGCAGGAUAAAAAAAAACCCCACACAACUAAGCCGUCUGACAUAACAAUAUGGCAGAGGCCUUAGAACUCAGCUCCACUGAGGACAGCCUGCCUGCGGAGUGGAAACCUUCCAGUCGACGCAGUAGGAAGCCGGGCUGUUCCAACAUCUUCUCAGGGGUGAACCUGCAUCAGCUGCACAGGCUGUUCAGAACGGCGGGGGACAGAAACGCAGAGCAUCGGGCGAAGCUGGUGUGGCGGGACGUGGAAGCGAGUCCGGAAGGAGCAGAGGAGGGAAAGCAGAGUGAAGAGGAGCAUGUAGCAGAUGAAGUGAGCCUGGCCCAGGCCUUAGUGGGGCUGAGAGUUCGAGCCAGGAAUAAGACGGGAAUAAGAGCGGAAGGACACAGUGAACACAAGUGGCUCAGAGCUUCGGGGUAUCUCAGGGUUGAGGAGCCACUAGCCGUCUACUCUGUCGAAGAUAACGCCCAUCCGUCAGAAAGUCUGGAGACAUUUAAAUUGCGAGCAGAGGAAGACAUUACGGGAAAUCAAAAUCCCUUCAAGCCAUCAUCAUGGAGGUUGGGCAUUAGGAUGGAGAGUGCCAGAGACUCUGAACGCUACCUUCACCGCAUCCUCCACUGAAAACAAAUUUCCUCAGUGUAGAAGGCGGAAGGACAGUAAUAAGUUAAAAACCUGGUUCUGCAUCGAUGGAAACGUGUUGUUUCCAGCUCAAACUAUGUGUGUGUUUAAAACAAGAGGUUGUGUGGAACGUUAAUAGUGCUCCACAACUGUAAAAAGUCGCAUGUGGAAUUUCUUUUAGAUAAAUGUGUUGCGUAGUAAUAAUGGCUUUUUUUUUUUUUUUUUUUUUUUAUUUGAGCUUGUAAAGAU